AUGUCUAUAAAAUAGUUUAAGCCUCUUUUUGAAUAAUUUGUUCACCAUCCUAACUUGAAACAUACUUUUGCAGGACCUAUUUAUGGAAAAUUUAAAUUAAUUGAGGAUCCACACCCUCUCAUCAAUAAGGAAAGUCAAAUAUUAUUGAAGUACAAGGUGCCAAAAAGUAUGUGUAAUUUCUUUGGCGUUGUUCAUGGUGGAGCUUUAGCCACUUUAAUUGAUUGUUCAACAACUCUUGCUAUUCUUAAAGCUGACGAAACAAGAAGACUAACUACAACAAUUGAACUUUCUUAGCAUUGCUUAUCACCAUGCCACAUAUCAGAAGAAAUUUUAAUCAAAGCUGAGUGCAUUAGAAUAGGUAAAACAAUAGCCUUUGCUUAAGCUGAAAUAUAUAAUGAAGGAGGUAGGUAAAUUGCCGUAACAGGAAGAUAGACAAAAUACAUCCUUCCUAAGCCUUGGGAUCAUAGCUUCUUGAGUGAAGAAUAAAGAUAAAAAAUGGAACAACCAGAGGAAGAAGCUGAAAAGAAAUGA